AUGUCAGAGGCUGGCGAAGCUCGACCUGUCGUAUCGAUAAUUAAUGAUAAUUCUGUUAAGCCUCAAGAUGGCGCAAACUCAGUAGAAACCAGUUCUAUGCCUUGUGACACAAUUUCUGCCAAGGUAUCUGGGAUAUCGCCAAAGAAACAGCCAGCCCUCAAAACAUCUGCUCUAGACUCACCAUCGACAGCUCUGGUCUCUCGACCAAUAGAAAGUAUCUCACUCGAUGUACCUCUAAAGACAGCAGCUGCAGAAAAAACUUGUGCUGAUGGUGAUGCUGGGAAAAAGAUCAAGAAGAAGCGAAAGAAGAAAAAGAAGCAAGACCAAUCUCAAUCUGGCGCAGAUAUUUCUGUUGAUGUCGGUGUCGAGCACUCUGGAGACUCAGAUUAA